AUGGGCCAGAGCAUCAACAACCAGACAUGGGUCACUGAGUUCAUCUUGCUGGGGCUGUCCAGUGAUUGGGGCACCCAAGUUUUCCUCUUUGUACUGAUCCUGGCCAUGUACUUGGUGACCACCGUGGGGAAUUCCCUCAUUAUUCUUCUGAUCAGACUGGAUAGCAGGCUUCAGACUCCCAUGUACUUCUUCCUCAGUGUUCUGUCCCUGGUGGACCUUUGUUAUGGAAAUAGUGUUGCCCCUCAAAUGCUGGCCCACUUGCUCUCAGCCCACAAGUGCAUCCCGUUCCACAGCUGUGUGCUCCAGCUCUACACCUCCCUGGCAUUGGGUGGUUCUGAGUUCUUCCUGCUGGGAGCCAUGGCCUAUGACCGCUACGUGGCUGUGUGCCACCCCCUGCACUACACAGUCAUCAUGCAUGGAGGACUCUGCCUGGGGCUGGUGGCCUGCUGCCUGGUGGCUGGUUUCUCAAAUUCACUAAUGGAAACCAUCAUCACCUUCCGACUGCCAUUGUGUCACAAUGUUAUUAACCACUUUGCCUGUGAGACCCUGGCGGUGCUUCGGCUGGCCUGUGUGGACAUCUCCUUCAACCAGGUCAUGGUGGCCCUUUCAGGAUUCCUGGUGAUCAUGCUUCCCUGUUCCUUGGUUCUCUUCUCCUAUGCUCGUAUAGUGGCUGCCAUUCUGCACAUUCGUUCUACCCAGGGACGUCGCAAAGCUUUUGGGACGUGUGCCUCCCACCUCACUGUGGUUUGCAUGUGCUUUGGGGCCACCAUCUUCACCUACCUGGGCCCGCGCUCUGCCUCCUCGGUGGAGAAGGAGAGGAUGGUUGCUCUGUUCUAUGCCGUGGUGGCACCCAUGUUGAACCCCUUGAUCUACAGCUUGAGGAAUAAGGAAGUUAUGGCUGCGCUCUGGAAACUUCUAGACAAAUUCAGAUAA